GUAACGAGAAUCUGAGAAACCCUAAACUCCCCCACCUUUUCCUCCUUUAUUUAAUGAUUUAAUCUAUUCAAGCUUUUCUGUUGUUAUCCUUCAAAAGCUCUCGAACCACUGCCCCUGGUUCUCACUCCCCAAGGGAGCAGAAGAAAACCGAAAUCGCCAUUUCUCUGUGUUGUUGUCCACUUCUUCAGAGAAACCCAUAUUUGGGUCUGUUUUCACCAUUUCGCGACAUUCGUUGUUCCACUGAGCCAUGUUUUCAACCCCAUUUGUGCUCUCAUUCGCUCUUUUACUCUCUCUGCCUCUAUUGUUCCUUCUGGCCCCUCGAAUCCUCUCUCCUCGGCACGUUCCGAUCUCUCUUCCAGACGAACUCGACGAUCUCGCCCUCUUUCACCGAGCCUCUCUUGCCUCCUCACAUUCCUCCGCUGCUGUCACCGUUUCACACCUUGGCACUACCAAUCCCUCUCCCAAGAUCGCUUUUUUGUUCCUCACAAACUCCGAACUCGUCUUCGCUCCUCUGUGGGAGCGCUUCUUCAAGGGCAAUGAACAUCUCUAUAACAUCUACAUCCAUGCCGAUCCAUCUGCUCUAGUGAUGUCUCCUGCUUCGAUAUUCGAUGGCCGAUUUAUCUCCGCAAAGAAGACCCAACGCGCGUCUCCGACUCUUAUCUCUGCCGCUCGGAGACUCCUCGCGACUGCUCUCCUCGAUGACCCUUCAAACACUUUUUUCGCUCUGUUUUCCCAACAUUGCGUCCCACUUCACUCUUUCCGUUUCGUUUACCAUUCUCUCUUCGCUUCCUCGUCGUUUAAAUUAUUUUCGUCUCGAUUCGGUCGAGUUACUUAUCGAAGCUUCAUAGAGAUACUGGACAAAGAGCCAGGGCUAUGGGAGAGGUACACUGCGAGAGGGAAGGAUGUGAUGAUGCCUGAGAUACCUUUCGAGGAAUUCCGAGUUGGGUCACAGUUCUUCAUAUUGGCGCGACGGCAGGCGUUGCUUGUGAUCAAGGAUCGGAAGCUAUGGAGGAAAUUCAGGUUGCCCUGUUUGAAAACCGAAUCUUGCUACCCAGAAGAGCAUUAUUUCCCCACUCUACUUUCCAUGGAGGAUCCCAAGGGUUGUACCCAUUACACGCUUACAAGGGUCAAUUGGACUGGUAGCAUCAACGGUCACCCUCAUACCUACAGGCGAGCCGAAGUGUCUCCAGAGCUAGUGUACAGGUUACGGUUGUCGAACUCGACUUACUCGUACUUGUUUGCGAGGAAAUUCUCGCCGGAUUGUUUGCAGCCUUUGCUGGAGAUUGCUGAUACCGUCAUUUUCAGGGAUUAAAGUAGAAUUCCCCAGGUAA